AUGGUUCUUGGGCCAUUGGAUCAUUCUGUUCAAACAGAUAUUAUAUUUGUAAUAGAGAAAACAGCCAUGAACACUUAUAUUAGUGAACUUAAAACAAAUUAUGUGACUCCGACAUUAGAAUAUUUUAACCAAGGACCUAUUGAAGAACGAGAGUAUUUGUCUGAAAGUAGCAGUGCAAUUUAUGGUAUUGUAGUUUAUGAAGCAAAUGAUUGUAAACCAUAUCCGUGUUGUCGUACCUAUGGAACAAUCACUAGCCCACAAAAAGUUAUAAAAAUGAUUGAAAAGAUAGAUAUGAUUGGUGGUAUGGCAGAAUCCCAUGCUUACAUGGGUGAAGGUUUAGCAACAGCCCUGGUUUUCUUCGAGGACUUGCAAGGGAUUCGUGAAGCUAAGCAAAGACAUUGUAUUCUCAUAUGUAAUUCACCACCUUAUAAUUUUCCAAUUAUGGAAUGUGAAAAAUAUGCUGGUCGUACUGUUGAUCAAGUGGCAAAUCUUUUUCAAGAAAAAGGAAUUUUACUCUCAAUAUUAUCAGCUAGAAAAACUCCUGCAUUAUUAAAAUUAUUUGAAAAAGCUGGUGGUGAUUUACAAAUUUCUCAGAACAAAAACUAUGCAAAAGAUCCAAGGCAUCUAGUUUUACUCAAUGGAUACAGUCUAAAAGAACGUCCAAUGAGCCCAACUCCCGCUACAACUCAUUCUGGUCUAUCUAUGACUAGUCCAUUGUCUACAAAUGUUAAUAUUGGAUCACCAGUUGCUCCAUGUGCUCCAUUCAGGACUACUAAUCCGGUUAUGGCUAUGCAAAAUCAAGUUCAACAACAACAACAACAACAGCAACAACAACAACAACAACAGCAACAGCAACAACACCAACAGCAACAAGCUGCUCAGGCAGCCCAACAAGCUGUAGCUGUAGCUCAACAACAACAACAACAACAACAACAACAACAACAGCAACAAGUACAGCAGCAACAACAACAACAACAACAACAACAACAGCAGCAGCAGCAGCAGCAGCAAAUGAUUCGUAAUGUAAAUCAAGGUCAAAACCAGCCGUAUUCAAAUGUUUCAAAUACUGGUGGUUUCUUGAGGCCUUCUCAAACACCUCGUAGUUGGCCAAUGAUGCAAAAUCAACAGCGUCAACCAAUUCAAGCAAGUGCAUUAAUUGCACAGUUAACAACUCCUACAUUCCAACAAAGAUUAGAUAUGGCAUCACAACAACAAGUACAACAGCAGCAGCAGCAACAACAACAAGUUCAACAGCAGCAACAACAACAAGUUCAACAACAGCAACAACAAGUUAAGCAGCAGCAGCAAGUUCAACAACAACAACAACAGCAGCAGCAAGCUCAACAGCUGCAGCAAGCACAACAGCAGCAGCAAGCGCAACAGCAAGCACAACAGCAGCAAGUUCAACAGCAGCAAGCACAACAGCAGCAAGCUCAACAGCAGCAGCAAGCUCAACAACAGCACCAAGCACAACAGCAACAUCAAGCACAACAACAACAACAGCAGCAUCAGCAGCAGCAACAGCAACAAGCUGCUCUACGAAUUAUGAACCAACAGCAGCAACAAGUUCAACAACAACAGCAGCAACAAAAUGGACCUGGCAGACAAACUAUUUGGUCGGGAACAUUAGAAUGGAUAGAAAAAUCCAAGCCUUUAAAUGAAAUACCAAAGAUAACGAGAAACGUCCCUUGUAUUGUUUCAGCUAGUAUCAAAAAUGGAGAACCGGAACUGAAAGCAGAAACAUGGCCUGAUAAACUAAUUAUGCAAUUGAUGCCCAAGAAUUUAAUAGGAAGUAUUGGAGGUGCUCAUUUGAAAGACUCAAAAUCUGUGGUUUUCCAACCUACACCGUGCGAAGCAUUGGAGUCUUUGACCAAGUACAUGACUAGUGGAUAUGCUGGCUGUGUACAUUUCAACAGUGCUCCAACUUCUCAUAAUUGUGAUGUCAAAGUAUUGAUUUUGCUUUAUACACAUGAUAGAAAAGCAUUUAUUGGUUUUAUUCCAAAUGAUCAAGCAGCAUUUGUAGAUAGAUUACGCAAGCUUAUACAACAUCAAAAAGCUUCGUCAGCCAUAUUACGUCAAGGCCAGAUGGGACAGUGCGGUUCCCAGGUUUUGCGAGGCCCUGGGCAUCAUUAG